AUGGCAGACCCCAUCACCAACCCCAGCCAACACCACAGCUCCGACCUCGAGCCCAAAUUCGAGCUCCCCGUGGACUCGGAGCACCGGGCCAAGACCUUGAAGGUCCUCUCCUUUGCCGGACCCCACAUGCGGUCCUUCCACCUCGCCUGGCUCUCCUUCUGCACCUGCCUCAUCUCCACAUUUGCCGCUGCCCCGCUUGUCCCCAUCAUCCGCGACAACCUCGACCUCACCCGUGCAGACGUAGGCGCCGCCGGCGUGGCGUCCGUCUCCGGCAGCAUCUUCUCGCGCCUCGUCAUGGGCUUCGCGUGCGACCUCGUGGGUCCGCGCUACGGCUGCGCCUUCGUCAACCUCCUCGCGGCGCCUGUCGUGUUCUCGGCGGCUUUCGUGACGGACGCGGGUGGUUACGUGGCCAUCCGGUUCAUGAUCGGGGUGUCCCUUGCCACGUUCGUGUCGUGCAGCUACUGGACGAGCGUCAUGUUCGCGGGCCCCAUCAUUGGGACCGUCAAUGCGGUAUUCAAGUGUGCCGUGUCCAACUAUAGAACAUGGGUUCUUUUCCUCAUCUAUGGUUACUCUAUGGGAGUCCAGCUCUGCUCAAACAACGUUCUUACUGAAUAUUACCACGACAGGUUCAACCUCAAGCUCCACAAGGCGGGAACCGUAGCUGCCGCCUUUGGCAUGACCAACUUCUUCGCACGGCCCCUUGGCGGCUACGCCUCCGACAUGGCAGCCCGCCAUUUUGGGAUGCGGGGCCGCCUGUGGGUCCUCUGGGUGUUCCAAACCCUUGGCGGUAUCUUCUGCAUCUUGCUGGGGCGGGCGGACUCUCUCCCCCUAGCCGUCCUCUCAAUGCUCCUCUUCUCCAUGGGAGCACAGUCCGCGUGCGGGGCCACCUACGGCAUUGUCCCUUUCGUCUCCCGCCGGGCACUGGGCCUCAUUUCGGGCCUUACGGGUGCUGGUGGCAACUUAGGUGGUGGGCUGACCCAGCUGCUGUUCUUCUCAUCCGCCAGCUCCUCGACUGCCGACGGGCUAUCGUACAUGGGGAUCAUGGCUGUGGCGUGCACGCUGCCGGUGGUGCUCAUCCACUUCCCACAGUGGGGGAGCAUGUUUCUCCCGGCCGGGGAGUGUACAGAGGAGACGUACUACUCGGCCGAAUGGAGUGAGGAAGAGAAGGAAAGGGGGCUGCACCAAGGGAGCCUCAAGUUCGCCGAGAACAGCCGGGUCGAGAGGGGGAAGGGGAUGGGGAGGAGGGUUGCCGCGGUCACCGGGGCCCCGUCGGGAUAUGGGUCUACCCCAGUCCAUGUUUAG